UUCCCAGACUGCUUCUGUCUUCCAGCCAGGCGAAGAGCUGAGGAAGAUUUCGAAGAUCAAGGAGUCCAGGAAUGUAAUCUAGGAUGCUCAUUCUCAGGUUGCUUAAUGUGGUAGCCCCAGUCUACUUCUUGUGCAUCUCCCUGGUGACCUUCGUCCUGCAGCUCUUCCUCUUCCUCCCCAACAUGUUCAAGGACCCCACAAUCACCCCUCUCUUCUCUCCGGCUCUGCUACAUGGGGCUCUCUUCCUCUUCCUUUCUGCUAAUGCUCUGGGCAACUACAUCUUGGUGAUUCAGAACUCACCUGAAGAUCUGGGCACCCGAAAGAAUGCAGGGGCUAAAGGAGUGGGCACCCCUUCUGAGUGGCCAGAGGCAAGCAGGAAGGCCUCAUCCUCCUCACAGAGCACCCACUUUUGCAGGCUCUGUGCUAGGGUGACCCUGAGACACGACCAUCACUGUUUCUUCACAGGAAACUGCAUCGGGAGCAGAAACAUGCGAAACUUCAUCAUGUUUUGCCUCUAUACAUCCUUGGCUUGUCUCUAUUCCAUGGUGGCUGGAGUGGCCUACAUCUCUGCCGUACUCUCCAUUUCUUUUGCCCACCCUCUGGCCUUCCUUACGCUCCUGCCUCACUCCAUCAGCCAAUUUUUCUCAGGAGCUGUCCUUGGUUCUGAAAUGUUCGUCAUCCUCAUGCUAUACCUCUGGUUUGGGAUUGGACUGGCUUGUGCUGGCUUCUGCUGCCAUCAACUUCUGUUGGUGCUCAGGGGACAGACCCGACACCAGGUGCGGAAGGGGAUGGUGGUUCGUGCCCGGCCCUGGAGGAAGAAUCUGCAGGAGGUCUUCGGAAAGAGAUGGCUCCUGGGCCUUCUGAUCCCCAUGCUCAAUGUGGGAAGUGAAUACCCUCGACAUAAGGGCAAAUAACAAUCCUGCCCUACCUGGCUUGCUCUCUCUCACACCCUUUCUUUUCUUUAUCUCUAUCCCUGCCUGUACACAAGCAUAUUUUCUCAUUUCUACUCAUGAUCCACUAGAAUACUCAGCAGUAGGGAAAGGUCAAGUCAACUCUCAGCAUCCCAACCUACAAUCAAGUAAAAACGUAGUAUUACAUAGAGGACUAACUGCCACUCAGUAGAGAGGAAAUCCGGUAGUCCAGAAUUCUGAUGCUUAUGUCACUAGGAAAACAAACUGACAAGAUGUCCAUGAAUUUCCUUAGGACUGACUCCCACUGCUCUCAUAACUUUCUCUUAGAUCCCCUCUUCUCUCCUCACCCUCAACUUCCCAAUCCUUCUGUCUCCACUCAUAAAAAUUAUAUAUGAUGUAAUGAUUAGUUAGGAAUCCUCCUCUUUGUGUAGUCUUCCUCCAAUACCCUGAUGAGGGUAAGGUUGGGGAAUGAUGGAUUGCUGAGGCUGUGCAAAUCUCAGAAUGACCUUGGAGGUGAUGAGAAAUGUUUAAAAAUAAAAUAUAUGAGAGGCAGCCAAGAAGUUUCUAGCCCCUAUCCUGCCAACUACAGGAAAGACUAAGAGAAUUUUAGAAUAAUAAUAACUUACAUUAAUAUAGUAAGUUAAAGUUUGUAAAGCACUUUGCAUCUAUUUAUCUCACUUGAACCUCACAGCAACACUAUGAGGUAGGUACUACAGGUAUUAUUAUCCCAAUUUCACAGAUAGGGAAACUGAGGGUCAGCAAACUUAGGUGAUUUUUCAUGGCUACAUGGUAAAGAUGGUGGGAUUUGACCCCAGAUCUUUCUUGACUUCAAAUCCAGCCCUUUUAUACCACCCCACAUUUCCUCCACAAUGUUAAGUCAGGAAAGGAUCUUAGAGACCAUGUAACCCAACUCCUUCAUUUUGUAGGAAAUAGAGUCCCAGAGAUUUCUCAUACCAUUAGUCAGUGGCAAACUGGUACUAGAACCCAGGGCUUCUGUUUCCUAGUCCAGACUGGGACAUUCCCUCCAUGCUCUUUCUCCUCCAAGACUGAUUCAGUUACUCUUUUUCAUAAUAACACAUCAAGGUGACAGCAGAUGGUCUCAUAUUUUUACUUUUCACUCAGCCAGCUGUCCUGCCCACCCCACCCCACCCUGUCUCUGCUGCUUUCCAUAGCUCAGAUCUAGUGAUCAGUUUGAUUUUAAAGCCAAUUGCUCCUCAUCCACCUGGCUCCUUUCCAGUUCUUCUUACUUGGUUGGCAGCCAGGAAGACAAGGACAGUAGUGAGAAAGAUAAAAAGGAGAAGUGAAGAUAAGUUAGAAAGGUGUAUGAGAGUGUUUAGUGACUGUGUGUGUUGGGUCAACAGCAUGGACUGCAGCAUGUUGGGUUCAAGGAUGAAAGGGCCUGAGGUUAAAACAAAGAUGUUUGAUGAAUGAGAGUUUACUGUUACAGAGGGAGACUUAUCAAAGAAGCCUUAUAGUACAUGUAUAAAGGAUCACAUGCAAAUAAGAGUCCAGAGCCAGAAAAGUUCUUAGAAGCUUGUAUAGUCUAACCACAUCAUGUUAUAGAGGAGGAAACAAGUCCAAAGAAAUGACAGAACUUGCUCAAAGUAAUGGACAUGACAGAACCAGAAAUCAAAACUAGAUUUUCUGGCUCCAAAUCCAGUGCUUAUUACUCUACACCUCAUUUCAGCUCACUGUAACAAAGACCUUUUGAAUUCUUAGACUUUCCCAACAUUGGAAUGGGCUGCCUUAUGGUGUAGUAGCCUCUCCAUCUUUGGAAGUAUUCAAUAGAAAUUGGAUGAAUUAGUGUCAAAGAUUAGGUCAUUUGACCCUUUAGUUCUACCACAACCUGUAGUAAACCUUGAAGGGGAGGAUAAAUAGUAAGUUAGCAUUAACAGGGGGAAUUUUUUUUAACAAACCAGAUUGGGGAGAAUCAGUGGGUGGGGAGUCCUUGUUUCUGGCAAAUCUAAGGAUCUCUGACCUCAAUUGCCUGUAUUGGAUUAGAGAUGGAGAAAAAAAUUUAAAGUCCUGACCCUCUUCUGAUUCUACAGAGCCCUUGCCAGCUCCUUCCAAGCUAUGAAACUGGUGAUACAGUUUCUUGGGGCUUGAAGGUCUACUGGGAAUGUCAGCACAGAAUAACCCAAGAAAGGAAGUCGGGCAAGUAAAAGUUAGGGAGACAAAAGUCUGACUCUUAUCAAUAGGGGAGUGUGGAGGAAACAAGUGACACUCACACACAUGGUACUGUAUUUUCAACAAUGAGUGACAAUAAAGUGUUUGUUUUUUAAAAUUUAUUUU